CCCAAAGCAAAACCCCAUUUGUUCGCUUAUCUUUCUCUAGAUCCACCCCCGAAGAAAAUGGCCUCCUACGAUGGCGACGAGGACUCCGGUCGCCGCCGCCCUUCCCAGCACCGUCCGUCCGGCGGGGGCAGCGGCGACCUUGCCUCGAGCGCGAAGCUCGUGGCGGAGGCGGCAAAGCUGGCCCUCCAGGACCACAGCCUGGAGAAGGUGGACAAGGGCCGCGUCGCCGGCGCGGCGGCCGACCUGCUCCACGCCGCCUCCCAGUACGGCAAGCUCGAGGGCAAGCCCGUCGGUGGGUACCUCGAGAAGGCCGAGGAGUACCUCCACCAGUACGGCCGCAAGGACGGGGCCGGCGGCAAGCAUCAGGGGGACGGGGAAGGCAAGUACGGUAAGAAUCCCGGCGGUGGCCACGGAGGGGGAAGGUAUGAGGAGGAGGAGGGGUACAAGAAGAAGCCUAGUGGCGGGAGGUAUGAGGAGGAUGAGUACAAGAAGAAGCCUGGUGGUGGUAGUGGAUAUGGAGGUGGAAGGUACGAGGAAGAAGAAGGCUACAAGAAGAAGCCAGGCAGCGGUGGCUAUGGAGGAGGAAAAUACGAGGAUGAAGAUGACUACAGGAAGAAACCAAGCAGUGGUAGCUAUGGUGGGGGAAGGUACGAGGAUGAAGAUGAUUACAAGAAGAAACCCACAAGUGGUGGCUAUGGUGGUGGGAGGUAUGAACAAGAAGAUAAUUACAAGAAGCCUACAGGUGGCGGCUUUGGUGACGGGAGGUAUGAGCAGGAAGAUGAAUACAAGAGGCCUCUGAGUGGUGGUGGCAGUAGCUAUGGUGGAGGCAGGUAUGAAGAUGAUGAAUAUCGGAAGAAGCCGAGUGGUGGUGGCUAUGGCGGAGGAAGGUAUGAGGACGAAGAUGAUUAUAGGAAGAAACCUAGUGCUGGUGGAUAUGGAGGUGGAGGAAGAUAUGAAGAUGAGUACAGCAAGAAGCCAGCUGGUGGUCAUGGCGGAGGGAGGUAUGAGGAAGAUGAUGAGUACAGGAAGCCGAGUGGUGGUGGAUAUGGUUAUGGAGCUUCCAGUGGUGGAGGUCAUGGAGGAAGGUACGAAGAAGAGGACUACAAGAAGAAGCCUAGUGGACACUCAGGGGGACGCUAUGAGGAAGAGGAGGGGAACAAGAAGGCUAGUGGCUAUAGUGGAGGGAAGUAUGGCAAGGAGGAAGACGACAAGAAGAAGAAGCAUGGCGAGGAUGGAUCAGAGAGUGGUGGUAUUGGAGAUUACCUGAAGUUGGCACAGGGUUUCAUGAAGAAACAGGAUGGGGAAGGGGACAGUGGGGGCGGCAUGGGAGACUACUUAAAGCUUGCAGAAGGUUUCUUGAAGAAGCGCUGAUUAAUCUUCCAUAUCAUGAUUCAGGAAGGACUUGUUUGGUUAGUCACUUGUCCUGUUUAUUGUCUCCAAGUAGUGACAUUUUCGAGGUUUCCAUCAUAGGAUGUAAUACAAGUGCAUUGCUUAUGUUGUCUGUGUGUUGUGACAUGAAUGCUUAAUGUGCUGCUGGGAUAAUAAAAGCUUGGAUGCUCUGCUAUUCAUGUUGUAUAUUAGUUCUGACUAAAAUAAUAUGUAUCCUAUGUUAUCGUGCUU